AUGAGAAAUCUCAAACCUGUUCAUCAUCAGUUGCUUCCAUUUUGCACUUCAUCAUUUCGGGACGAAGUGGUGUCUUGUACUUCAACGGACACAGAUACAAUUUUCGGAAUCACACGAGAGGGUAUUUUAUUUGAAUUGGACGUUCAAUCGGGUACCAUCAAGAGAACUUUCAAUAUUAAUGAAAAUGUUGAAGGAGUUACACCCGAUGCAAAAAUGAUGGAUAUUCAAUACGUUGCCGAGUUGGAGAGUCUCAUCAUUAUUUCUCAAUUUGAUAUCAUUACAUUUAAUAUUUCAACAGAUAUGUGUGAAGUUACUGCUUCCAUCGAAGAAGGUAUUCUUGCAAUGUCUUGGUCUCCAGAUCAGGAAAUUGUAAUUUUUGCAACAGGUAAUGGCAAUAUUUUGACCAUGUCCAAACAUUUUGAGACCUUAACAGAGGCUCCAUCAGAUUUAAUACCAACAAAAACCAACACUAGUACAAAUACUGCAGGUACAACACCCAAGCAACCAGCCAAGCUUACAGAGGAGGUGUCAGCUCGAUUUUUGAAUCGUCAAUCACCAGUCAAUAUCAGUUGGAGAAAUGAUGGCCAAUACUUUGUUGUGAACACCAUGGAUUCCUCAGAUGGAAAGAGAUGGCUUCGAGUUUGGGAACGAAAUGGUAACUUGGUAUCCAAGUCAGAACCAGUUGAUGGUUUGUUGGGCCAAGUAGUGCAUUACAGACCCGACGGAAGUAUUAUUGGUACUCAUCAAUAUCAUGCAGGAAAAAAGGAGACUUCAAUUUCAUUCUUUGAAAGAAAUGGUUUGCAACAUUAUGAUUUUCUUCUCGAGAAGGGAAUGAGCGACGUUUAUUCUCUUGAGUGGAACACCAGUUCAGAUGUUUUGUGUGUUUCUUUCAAGCCAGCGUUGCGAGAAAAUGUUGUGGUUGUGCAGUUGUGGUACCGAGAGAAUUACCAUUGGUACUUGAAACAAGAGUACACAUUCAAUGAAGAGAAGCAAGCUCCAACUUAUGUUGCAUGGGAUAUUGAAUCAUCCUACCGAUUGCAUAUAUUUUGCAAAGAUGGAUCCUAUAUUUGUUAUGAUUUGUGUUGGGAUCAUGACAUGACAAGUGGCAUGACCAACGAAAAUCCUUGUGUCAUGGCUGUCAUUGAUGGUAAUAAGGUGAAUUUAACUCCAUUACGUUAUGCUGUAGUUCCUCCACCAAUGUGCUCCGAUAGUAUUAGUUUUGAUCUACCAGUGAAUAGUGUGACGUUUGGUGGUUCUCAACGAUGUCUCGUUUUACUAUCAGAUAAUUCGUUGCAUAUGUUUGAAUUUAGUCACAAUAACAAGCCACCAAAGUUUGGACUUCCUCCAAAGAAAGUAGGCAUUUUACAACACACACCUAACACCUCCAUUAGACUUUUAACCAUGAUUAAUCGAGAAACAUUUUGCUAUGUGCUACAAUCCAUUCCAGGAAAGACAGAUUCUCUAAUCAUUUGCUCUAUCAAGGAAGAUUUAAGUGUUGAUGUAAGAGAGGUAUCCUACCCAGAAUCAAUUAUUCGAGUCUCCUAUCAUGACUAUAGUGGAAAUUUAUUUGUUGAAGGUGAAACUGGUGCAUUGUUUAAACAAAAACUUUCAGAUGACAUACCUGAAGAAUUGAAUGAAAAAUUUGAACAUCCAUGCCAAAUUAUGGCACCUACCAUGAUGGGAGAAGAGGAAGUAGUUGUGGGUCUCAAUAGUAGAGGAAUUCUUUUUAUUGGUUCACACAACGUUGUUUCUAAUUGCUCCUCUUUUACUCUUACCGACCAAUUCUUACUCUUUACGACAAUGUCUCACAAAUUAAGAAUUAUCAAUCUGAAUCUCUCCUUGUAUGAUGCUGUUGAUAUUGCAGCUAGUGGACCCACCUCUAAAUACGAUGAAACAUUUAGAGAAAUUGAAAGAGGUGCUAGAUUGGUUUGUGCUGUGCCUGCAGAUUUGAAUGUCAUCCUUCAAAUGCCAAGAGGUAACUUGGAAGGAAUUACUCCUAAGGCUCUAGUGUUAUCUCAUGUCAGAUCCUUAUUGAAUAGUUUAGAAUAUGGUAAAGCAGUGGUUGCCACACGUAAAUACAGAAUUGACAUGAACAUUAUUUUUGAUCACAACCCUGAGGCGUUCCUCAAAAAUGCAAAGAGGUUUGUCGAAGAUGUGAAUAAUCCUGAUCAUAUCAACUUGUUCGUUUCCACUCUCACCAAUGAAGAUAUUACCAAGACUAAAUUUGCAGGAUAUCACUCGGAUGGAAAAAUCUUAAAGAAUCAUCAUGAAACUUCAACACCACAAGCCUCCUCAUCCUCUUCCUCUGUUGGUGAAAGCAAGAUUAACAAAAUUUGUACUUGUCUCAGAGCAGCUCUCAAUGAAGUCGAUAAGAAGAAGUACAUUUCAUCCAUUCUCACAACCUAUGCUAAGAAUGAACCACCAAUGCUUGAAGAUGCCUUGCAAUUGAUCAGAAGUUUGCGAACAAGCGACAAACCUAUCAAAAACUCUGACUCUGAUGCUGCACUGAGCUAUCUCGUGUUUUUGAUCGAUGUUAAUACAUUGUAUGACAUUGCAUUGGGAAUGUAUGAUUUCGAUUUGGUCCUCAUGGUUGCCCAAAAGUCACAAAAAGAUCCAAAAGAAUAUCUUCCAUUCCUUGCGAACCUUAAAAAGCUUGAGCAAUACUACAGGCAAUAUAGUAUUGACAUGUAUUUGAAUCGCUUCGAAAAGGCCCUCGAGAAUAUUUCCAAGGCUGGACCUGAACAUUUUCAUGAGGCUGUGUCUCUCAUUAGAGAGAAGGGUCUUUUCAAGUUGGGUAUGAAACUCUAUGAAAAUGACAAGGAAAAGCUCGAGGUUAUUUUCGAAGCCUAUGGUGACUAUUUGGUGAGCACCGGCAAUCAUAAGCAAGCUGGUUUUGCCUAUGUGAAGUGUAAAAAUGCUCAAGAUAUUAAGAAAAUUGCCAAGAGCACCAUUUCAGUACUGGAACGAGGCAAGAAUUCGAUUGCUGCGUCACUCGUUUGUAGAGACUACUUGAAUGAUCAUGAAGAGGCCGUUCUGAAACUCGUUUCUGGACACGAAUGGAAAGAAGCUGUACGUGUUGCCACUUGCGCCGGUAGAAAUGAUCUCAUUGACAGUCACGUUAAACCUGGAGUGUUUGAGUCUGCACGCGAAAUUACCGAAGACCUUAUUGAGAAUGAAACCAAGUUGACGAAAUACAUUGCUCGUCUCAAAGAAUUGAGAGAGGAGAAGGAAGCCAUCCUUCGAGAACAAUUACUCAUGCAACAACACAAUGAAGGAGAAUUUGGUGAAGAUAUGCCACACAAUAUUGAUGCUCUCUCUGAGGCCAGUAGUAUGCAAAGCGGUGUGAGUGGUUAUUCAGGAGUUUCUGUGUUGUCUUCAAGAUCAACUGCUUCAUCAGUCAUCUCAAAGAGAGGAGUUUCAAGAAAGAAGAAGAACAGAGAAAAACUUAAGAAGGGAUCUCCAUUCGAAGAAGGAAGCUUAGUUUCGAGAAUUGAAUCUCUCAUUCCUUCCAAGAAUUUUAUUGCUUCCAUUUCAUCAUUAUUAGAAAUUUUAAUUUAUUUUGAAAAAUUUGAAGAGGCCAAGAUUUUGCAAAACCAUCUGGAAGUACUUAUCAAUCUAUGUGAAGAAAAUCGAGAAAUUAUUGAGGAACCUUUCCAACCACCUCAAAUUGAAAAUGAGCCAGCUCCUCCAAUGAAAUAUCCACGAAAGGUUCAUGAAAUUAUUGGAGAUUGGAAAAAGGAAUCUUGGAAGCUCGCAUUGCUAGAAUAA